UCUCAGAGGUGGGCGAUAAUAGUUGCGACACAGUUUUUAUAACUAAUGCAAUUAUUAUCGUACACAUUUAUUGUAUUCACUAUUUUUGUUCCAAUAAAAUAUAUUUCAUAUAUUUCAUAUACCGAUGCGGUUACGCGCCAAUUCAAAUUUUUGAAAAAUUUGAAUAUAACCAAAAGAUUCGUUUACCAUCAAACGAUACAAUGAAGACUCUACGGUACGUGGGAAAAAAAUAUCGGGAAAUUCUUUUUUCGGAUGAAAAAAUUUUUACCGUAGGAGAGAGCUGCAACAAACAAAAUGAUAAGGUGUACGCACACAGUAGUGAAGAAGCCAGUAACCGUAUUCCGCGUGUCCAACGAGGUCAUUUUCCAUCCUCGCUCAUGGUAUGGUUGAGAGUUUCUUAUUGGGGCUUAACAGAGAUACAUUUUUGUGAGAAAGGUGUAAAAACGGAUGCAGUUGUGUAUCAAAAUACAGUCCUGACGAACCUUGUGGAACCUGUUUCUCAUACCAUGUUCAAUAACAGGCACUGGGUAUUCCGACAAGAUUCGGCGGCAGCUCAUAGAGCGAAGAGCACACAAGACUGACUGGCGGCGCGUGAAAACGACUUCAUCCGGUACGAAGACUGGCCCUCCUCCAGUCCAGAUUUGAGUCAGAUUACAAGAUAUGGCAAAACUUGGAGGAUAAGGCGUGCUCAAAGCCUCAUCCGAAUUUGGAGUCACUCAAGACAUCCUUGAUUAAGGCAGCCGCCGAUAUUGACAUGGACCUCGUUCGUGC